AUGGUGAUCGGAAGUGGCCGAAUCGGAGCCAAAAACGAGCGGGUUUUUCCCCAAAAUUUUCUUGCCUCGAUGCAGCAGCUGCCGCCACCAACUUCAUUGUACAACUUAGAAAACAGCAUAGAGAGGAAGGAGGGCUGCCUAUUCCAAGUGGCAGUGCAGCUCGUGGUGGUCGGAAACGUCAUCGGCGAGAAUGGCAAUUUCUGCUAG